AUGUGUCCUCUCACUACCUCAAUUGCGGCUCUUCGGCCUCGCGUACAUGUCAUUGGUCUUGGGAGCAUCGGCACAUUUACUGCACAUUCUAUUUCGGAAAUUGCAUCUGCACCGACCGUGACGCUCCUCCUACACCGAAGGUCACUUCUACAAGAGUAUCGCUUGGCUGGCAGUCAAAUACGUUUCGAGUCAAGAGAUGGGAAGAAACAUAUUUCUCAGGGAUAUGAAAUUGAAACCCUAUCCGAUGGCCAGUGGCUAAGCAGUCCAUCAGGUGCCCUCAAUGAUGAUUGUAGGAAUGUGAAUCGAGAUCCGAUCAGUAAUCUGGUUGUUUGCGUAAAGGCAACCCAGACCGAAUCAGCUAUUCGGUCGCUUGCAAAUCGCUUGAAUCGAGACUCGAAUAUCCUAUUCCUCCAGAACGGUGCUGGCAUGAUUGAAGCUAUCAACGAUCGGUUGUUCACAGAUCCACACUCUCGUCCGAAUUAUCUGAUCGGCGUAAUUUCUCACGGUGUAACGCUCAACAAAUCCUUUGACAUCACACACACUGGAUUCUCUGCAACCUCGUUAGGACCUGUUCCACGUGAUUCACUCGAUUUUGGAGCCAUUUCGAAGUCGCAAUCAAAUUAUCUGCUAGAUAUUCUUCCCCAGUCGACUACAUUGAACGCCACCUCGUACUUUUAUACUGAUAUCUUACAAAUCCAACUCGAAAAGCUCGCGGUGAAUGCAUUCUGCAAUCCGGUCUGCGCUCUCAACGAUGCGAAGAACGAAUUUCUCUUCACUGUGCCGGAAUUGAGGCGGGCUAUACUUCAGGAGAUUUCGCAGGUUGUUCUAUCUCUGCCAGAGCUGAAAGGAGUUGUUGGUCUGGAGGAAAGGUUCUCAGCGAAGAGCUUAGAAGCCACCGUUAAUAUGAUCAUCACAAAAACGGCUAAAACCACAUGCUCCAUGGUAUGGGAUCUAAGAGCUGAAAGGGAGACUGAGAUUAACUUUAUCAAUGGAUUUUGGUGUCGAAUGGGCCGGAAAGUUGGGGUGAAGACACCAGUGAAUGAGCAAUUGGUCAGAACAAUCUUGGAAAGGUGCUCAAGUCGUUGA